ACUUCAUGGCAUUUGCCUUUACUAAAUACGCGUCGAGGAAUUUACAAACUUCAUGAUUCUAAUGUAAACAUUUCUCAAGAUAAAUUACAUUGGAAAAUUAUUGCAACAAAAGUUAGUCAAUAUGUUUGCAAUCCGGGAUCAAGAGAAUUUGGUUCAUGGCCACCAACAAGUCGCUGCUUCUAAACCCCUCAAUCAGUCUACAAGAAGUUUACAGCCAAAGACUCCAGGAAAUAAAUUCCCCAAAACACCAUUAAAGGUCCCAUUGAAUGAUGAGAACGCUCCAGGAGGAAUUGGGGGGAAAGGAACGGUACUUGGUACGAAGGGCAAGGGUUUUGGAGGGAAAGAUGCUACUUUGGAUAAAAAUGCAUUUGUUACACCUAUGGGUAAGGAUUUUACAUAACACAUGGCCAGGUCAAUGGCUGACUAGCAAUAGGUCCUCGAAAUCGAGCUCCUCUUGGUGUGAAAACUACAAAUGCGAAAACCAAAGUGUUCCAGACUCCUGCAGGCCCCGCACCUGAGAAAGAGCUCGAAAAGACUGUAUCCAAACAAACAAGUGCUCGCAGACCCAAGCCAAAGGUUUCAGAGAAGACCAAGAUUGAUGUUCAUGGAGAUGAGAGUCCUCUUAAAGAUAUAGAAAUCGAAUAUAUGCCACCACGAUCCAAGGACCUACCAUACGAUUCAGAUGUCUUCCCUGCCGGCUGUCUUAAUUACGAUAUGCUUAAGCCUGAAAAUCUUAGCAAAGGAGCGCUCAGUGAAUUCUAUAACACCAAUGAUAAGAGUGGUAAAUCAAAACUCGAGCGGGAUCUGGAACAGUCUGCUGUUGAACGUGCAAAGAAGAUGGAUGAGCAAAUAUUGGCCUCAAUGGAAGAGGAUUGGACUGUCGGUGAUGUUCCCGAAACAUUCAGAAAUCUGAGAAAGAGAGCACCAGCCAAGGCUAUAGUCCUUAAGGAAGAAAAAAGCAAAGCUACAAUCCCGAAUAGAGGUCCCACGGCAAUGGCGUCUCGUCGAGCAGCCUCUGCUCUAUCAACUCUUCCAAGGUCGGUAGUGGAGCCUUCCAAGAGACCAUCAACAGCAAUUCCAAGACCAGCAUCAUCAUUCUUAAGAGGUAGAAAGACACCUACUUUUGCACCCGUUACGAACAACACUAUGCGUGCCACAGCUGCAGCAGUCACCUCUAGAAGUACCAUUGGUUAUACCAAAGGUAGAUCAGCUUCCAAUGUUCUUCAAAAGAAGGAUGCACCACCUCUAACCUCGAACAAGAGAGUCAAUGCCACAUUACCGCGCUCAAGCAGCAAUCUUUCUCAUGAUUCGGAUAAAACCAUUACUCCAGCUCGUUUUGCUCAAAAAGAGAACUUGAGUCAUGCAGAGUACAAGAAAUUAGAUUUCUUGGGUGCUUUUGAUGUUGACGAUGAGGAUUUAGAGCCAGCCUUGAAAUGUGGUUUACCGGAGUGUCUGAUCAAGUUUGAUGAGGAUGAAGAGGAGUUUGUUUUGACGAUUGGAGAUACCGAAUAGGUCUCUUUUGUACCAGAUCAACGUGUCUUGGUUGUAUUAUGAUGGUUAUGGUGUUAUGGAAAGGAGGCUAGAGGCUAUUGGCUUUGGAGUAUAAAAGAUACCGCGAUUUGUAUACCUAAGCGUGGCAUGCAUGGCGUACCAAACUUUUUCAUUUAUUUGUGCUGCGCGGGUUACUAUAUUUGUAUGAUGCAUAUGGUUAUGUUAUUCUUUAAGCUAAACUUAUGAAGUAGUAAUUUUAAAUUAGUUUGCUAUCAUUC